GCGUGCUAGGUGGUGUGUGUGUGCGGAUAUUUUUAAUUUACACAUGGUAUUAUUUUUAUAGAGCAAGUCAUGUACAUUUGAGAACAUUAUUUUUAUACAAAACAGACAGUACAAAUAACGGUGAAGUACAAAUCUACCAGGGAACUCAGAACUCAUCUCAGCGAAAUUCAGGAUAAAAAUGACAAUAACAAUAAUCUAGUCCGUAUAUUCUAAAAUGUCAGGUUCAAAGCAGAAAAUCGUUUAGCACAAACAAUUAAAAUAUGCCCGCAAUAUGAGCGAAACGCUAAGCCAAGACCCGGAGGGUCUCACUUCUGGAUACACGACCCUGACGUCGUCAUACCCCCCCACUCCCGCCACUCCGAAUUCGACGGUCCAAGAUGCGCCCUCUGGGGCACACCUUCCUCCGUUCUCCACAUUCUCCGCCGACAUGGAUUCCAAUGGCGGUUUCACCACCAGCUCCGACAGGCUGUUCAGCGAUGCCAGACUACUGGACAUAUCGAACUGGGACUACUACACGGAGACCAGACUGUUGGAACGCGGGGAAAACGGACUGUCCAUAAUUUCCUCCCAGCCGCAAUACAGGCCCUGGGAAUCGAAACCAGUGGACUCGACAUCGGCAUUCGCUCCAACAACUCAGGUAAACUCAUUAGCUGAUGCCUUCGCACAACAAAAUGGUGCUUCGAAGCUUCCAUCAUUUCAAUCGCAAUUUCAGGCUUUUAACGACCCCGCUACUACCAGUGAACCAACCUUAACAACUCUUACUAAUCUUACUCCAGUAUCACCGAAUUCUAGUCCCGGUAACCAUAGUUUAACCACAUUGAACUCUAACUUUCAUACGUUAAGUGCAGUUAACCCGAGAAGUUACCCUCUGGUGCCUGCCCCCAUUCAAGCCAGGGAAAUACCAUCGAUACAGCAGCAGUUCCUCGACGAGAGGCACAUACAGUUAUACUCCCACCCCACCACGAACUUAACCGCCCUUAACACCAGUAUUUUUCCGCCCCAGAACGGAGCAAUAAUCCAACAGAAUCAGUUAAUAUCGUCCCCGACCGUCGUGACCGUUUUCAAGCCUUCGGAGGCCGAUCUGAAGCUCAGCUCGCUUCAGGACCCGGGUCUGAAGCUCCAGAACGUUACCCUGCAUCCCACGCAGUUCCAGAACCCGGUGCCGAACAUCGACAACGGCCUGUACAACGGCCUGGACAAGAAAAACGGCGGGAUGAUCAUGAACUCGCCGACGAGGAACGAUUUCCGCAAGAAGGAACGAAGAAAAAUACGGGCGUCAAGUCUGGAGAGUUCGACGGAAAGUGACGGUGCCUCUAGUAACAUGGACAUGGGCUCGGAAAAUUCGGGACAGGUCGCUGCGAUCUCGAGCACCGCGGGUUUCAAAAACCACCAUAUGCCGGACAAUUCGAGUGUGGACGAUAUAAGUGGCGGUGGCGUUGAUAAACAGGUGAAAAAGAAACGAAAACGGUGCGGAGAAUGCAUCGGAUGCCAAAGAAAGGACAAUUGCGGGGACUGUGCACCGUGCCGGAACGACAAGAGCCACCAGAUCUGCAAGCAGAGGAGAUGCGAGAAACUGACUGAAAAGAAGAAUCUUUACGGAGAAGGCGGAUUCCUCAGAGGAGAAUCUCGGAGGGGACGGGGAAAGGGACGAGGUCCAGGGAGCUACCGUGGUAGAAAGGCGGGAGGUCCAGUCUCCGCGCUGUCUUCGGGGGCUGUUAUUCAGUCAGAACCAAAUAGUGGCGUGAUGCAGAACUCUCAGACCUCUAGACCUAGUCCGCAACCAGCUCAGGCAGUCCACAUGCUCAAACCAGAUCAGAAUAUGCCAUCCGUACAGCAGCAACCUAUGACUCCUAUGCCUUUCUACGCAGACCCGAACAGGUUCGCUACCCCAGUAUGGCAAGCAGAUCCUGGUCAAGAAUUUGUUACAGCUUGGACCCAAGGGCAGUUCAUCCAACAGAUCCCAACGGCAACUCAUACGCCGAUCGAAGGUUACCAACAGUAUUCCAACGGUAUUUACCAAACUUCCUACCAGCAGCCAGCGUUCGAAACCAACACGUUUUACACCGGAGCUGUUCAAGUGUUAACUAAUCCACGUCCUCCAAGCAAUCCGAACCAUUCGGUCCAACCUUUGGCCAGACCGAACUCGAAUUAUUCUCAUCAUACACCAAGUCCAGUUCCUCAACAACCACCGACCCCUCAGAACUCAAACCAAAGAAACCAGUACCAGGAGUACACGAUACAAAACCAGAAUUACAUUCCUCCAGCCACCACGCCAACUGGAAACGUGGACAGCUCGCAGCAGGGCAACUUAUCCAGACCGAGUUCGGUUAACAGCGCUGUAAAUGUUCCUACCUCCAAUCAGAACUAUAGCAGUCAGCAGGGUGGCACAGUUUUCACGUCUGUGAGCAACGAUACCUUCAGUCCGAACGCUAAUUCCACGUUUGCCAACUCGAAUUCGGGAAACGACAAGCCUGGGUAUCCACAGGUGAACAGCAAUCCGCAGCUAGUUUCACACAACUCUAGUGGGUAUCCAGGCAGUGGGAUGUUCAGCGGAGAAAGUCUGGAUCAGCACAUGUGGCAGCAGUCCAACGCCAACAGCAACCAGGUGUGGGAACCCGGACAAUCGAACGACAGUGCCAAAGAUAAACAACAAACUUACAACCAUGAACAAAUCCAUAAGACUGAAGUUUUGUACAAUCACCACGCUCAGAACAGUUCCCACAUGAACCAGGAGCCGGAAACCAAUCUUCCAUCGGACCGGGUCAAUCUCAACACGAAAAUAAAAACGAUGAUACUGAACAAGCAGAACAGCGAGGCAGACAUGAACGAGAAGAAGAACGAGAACCACAACAACGGUCAUUUUUUAUGGUAUAGCCACCAACGUUACUUCCUGAAUCCGAGUAACGCUGGUGGCUCAAAUAAAUCGGAAAACACCACCAAAGACGAAGCGAAAAAGACCAUUUCCCUGAACAUUUUCAAGAGUUUGGCGAAGAAGGAGGGCAACAAGUCGCAGAUUUUCGGAGAUAUACUCAAGCAGAAGUCCGGGGUUGGAAAGAUAUACAAAUGUUCGAUCAUACAGAAUGCAGAUAAAGCCAAGUUGAAGGCGGAAAACGAGCCUCCUCCUUGUCAAUGUCUUCAACCGAACCAAAGUAUUCCAGAGCCUGGAGUCUUCUACACUCAUCUAGGGUGCGCCGACAAUCUGAGGAAUUUGAGAAAAGAUUUCGAAUGCAAAACUGGCGUGAGUGGAAAAGCUAUCAGAAUCGAGAAGGUCCGAUAUACUGGAAAAGAAGGCAAAACAAACCAGGGAUGUCCUAUUGCCAAAUGGAUUCUUCGACGUUCUGGCCAGGAUGAGAAAUACUUGGUGAUUGUGAAGCAUCGUCAAGGACAUUCUUGCGUAUCCGCCUUCAUCAUUAUCUGCAUAGUUGUAUGGGAAGCAGUAUCCAGAAACGCCUCCGACGACCUGUACAACCUCCUCACCGACAAACUCAACAAAUUCGGCCUACCAACCAAACGACGCUGUGGCAUCAACGACCCAAGGACAUGUGCUUGCCAAGGCACAGACCCCAACUCCUGUGGCGCCAGCUUCUCCUUCGGCUGCUCCUGGAGCAUGUACUACAACGGCUGCAAGUUCACCAGAUCGAAAUUCGUCAGGAAAUUCAGGCUGAACGUUCAGGCGGAAGAGGAACUUCUCGAGGAUCAACUGCAGAAGUUGGCCAGUCACAUAACACCGAUCUACCGUAACUUGGCGCCGUCGUCCUUCAAAAACCAGACGCAGUACGAGGAAAUCGCCUCGGAUUGCCGCUUGGGUUACACCAAAGGGCGUCCAUUCUCGGGGGUGACAGCUUGCAUGGAUUUCUGCGCUCACGCUCACAAAGACACUCAAAACAUGAACAACGGCUGCACGGCUGUGGUCACAUUGACCAAGAAAUCAACUUCCAAAACGCCACCAGACGAACAGCUUCACGUUCUACCGAUGUAUGUUGUUGAUGCGACAGAUGAAUUCGGUUCAACGGAAAACCAACAAAAUAAAAUAGCGCUUGGAAGUAUAGAGGCUCUACACAAGUAUAGUUCAGAAAUAAGACUGCUGAGCGUUCCUCUAGAGCCUUGCAAAAGAAAAAAUAAACGUAAAUCAGAAGAAGGCUCCAAAAAAAACGAAACUGCUUCUCCAAAGCACAAAGAGCCUCAAAUAAAGCAGGAGGAAAUGAGUAAGGGGAAUGAUUACACUGAGCAAACUCCUCUUUCAAAAUUACGAAAUACCGAAAGCAACCUCAAUUUUAACGGUAAUUACAACGCUGUAAACAAUGGAAUACCUCAAUACCAUAUUAAUCCAUCUGGAUCUUCUGAUCCAAUGGGACCAAAUUAUUUGAACAGUAAUAGUUCUACCUCAAACCAUCCCAAAUUCUGGCACAGACAAACGGCCGGUUUUUAUAACAAUCAGGCGUUCUACCCGAAUGGUUUUUACAAUUCCUUUUACUCGAAUAAUUGCAAUCAAAACAACCCAUAUCAGAACAGUUUCAAUUCAUAUGGUUUCGAACAAAACGUACAUUCUAGUCAUUAUUCAAAUUAUUUGCCAUACGGUUCGAAUGAUGGGAGUGCAUUUUCUCACGCCUCGAAUACUGGUCAAAAUUAUUCGGCAGGCUUCUCAGAUUUACCGUGUUACAAAGUUAUAAACCCUUUCGAUGACUUUCAAGGACAGAACGUAUUGAACAGUAGCCCUCUCUUACAAUCAAAAUUACAAUUUCAGAAGUUGUACACCGAUAACUUGGAAUGUUUUCGAGAUUCCGAAGUUGGCGGUGUGGCCAUAGCAUUAGAGCACGGAAGUCUACUUUUCGAAUGCGCAAAGCAUGAGUUGCAUGCAACCACAGCCCUGAAAGAGCCGAAUAGAUUGUCCCCUACCAGAAUAUCACUUGUUUUUUAUCAGCAUAGAAACUUGAACAAGUACAAACAUGGCUUGGAUGAAUAUUCAGGAAAAAUGAAAACCAAGAAUGGAGAAAACGACGUAAAACCAUUGGCGAUCAAACCCGCCAAUGAUCUUUUGGUUAGGGCGUACUCUUUGCCCACAUUUUCUUGGACGACACUUUUUCCAAUGCAUCCUUGCAUUACAACAGGGCCUUAUCAAAUCAUUAAGAAUUGAAUUCAAUCUAUUUUAACUCUUACAUUUCCGAAAUGAGUGUAGAAAUCGCCCAAAACUUUGUAGCUAAAUUCUUCAGAGAUUGUCGAAGAAAUCGACUAUGGGUUGUUGUAAUAAUAUGUGUAUCUGGUAGUUCUUCACUAAUUUCGUCUUAGACCCCCGUUCCCUUUCAAGAAAAUUAGUAUGCUAAAUCUCAAUUCCUCAUUGAUAACUCUCUGUGUAAGAAUUCAUGUAUUUAGUGCCUCUAUGAUCUCAGUAUAUAGAAGAAAUUCUUUUUGUAAAAAGAAGUACAAAAUAGAAUUCCAUUUUGCAUGAGGAAAUACACAAGAGAAGAUUCUACAAAAACAAAACCAAAUAAGUUCUUUGCCAGUCAUAGUAUUAGUGGUAUAUAUAUUUUAAGAUCUUCAUUGUAAAGUUCGUAAUGUUUUUAUUAUAUCUGUUGAAUUUGUGUACUGCCAUAAUUAUUCGAAUAGUUGAACGUUUUCUAUUUUUGUAUUUUGCUGAUCAUUGAAUGUAUCUGAAGCUCAAAAACCGAUUUACUUUCGGAAAUUCGGGCAAUGGUUAUAUCGUAUGAUUUUAGGGCUUCUAAAAGUUUGCCCAAUUAUUAAAUAUUUUCAUAAUAUGAGUGCCUAUGGUCCAAAUUUGCUCAGUGAUCAAUUCUGAGGUUUAUAGUUAUUUGAACCGUCGAAAUCGAAAGAAUGCAUUGCAUUUCACGCGAUUUCAACGAAUAUAUUAUAGAAGUAAAUAGUUAUAUCCAUUCUACGAAUUUCCAUUUCAUAAUAAAGGAGGUGGGUGAUAAAACUGCACUAUUAUUUAUUAUUUGACAUUCAAAUUUUCGAUAUUAUUUCUCUCGGAGAAACCUAUUUAUUUAUUAAUUUAUUAAUAUGUAUAUAUAUUUUUAAUUGUAUGGGAUUUCGUAACGAAUGACUCGUUUUCAAUACACUGGUCUGUAAUUGUUUUUUUUUUCAAUUCUAUUUAUAUUCACGUCCAAGCCUUGAGCUUUGUCGGAAAUUAGUUGACUAGUAGAUUCAAUCUUCAAUCAAUAGGACUUCUCGAACUUGUAGCAUGUUGAUCUAGUCAAAUAAUUUCUGUUUUAAAUGUGCAAAUAUUGAGGUAUAUAUUUGGUGAAUUUAGGUAUUUUACAUACAUGUUUGCCUUUAAAGUACCUACAUAUUGGCUUCACGUCGAAGAAUAUAUUUUUAGUAAUCAGAAUCUGGUAAUAUACAAAAUUUUUGGAUUUUUAUAAGGAAAACUUUGCAACUGAUUGACAAAAUUUGAAUCACCUAAUAUUCCACUUUAAGGAGGCGCUACAAUUAUUUUUUGGGAUUCCUCUAUAAAUUUCGAAAUUUUACCGACCUCGUGUGUAUUUUGGAUAAAUUUCGGCAUAUUAUUACAACGUUGUCCAUUAGCAAAGUGAAUAAGCAUAAAGUUUGAAAAUCUUGAUAUUAUCCGUUUCGAUCAACAGAGAUGUAUUAUAAAAAUAUCUGUGUUUAUCAGUAGAGUGGCCAAGUGUCUGAGAAAUAUAUUUUUUACAGAAAAGAAAUAUAUAUUGUUCUUACCAUUGCCUAAAAUUAAUUAUUGUAUAGUGUUAGUCAGUGAAAUUAAACUUGAAAUUCAAGUUUGAAUUAUAAGUAUGUUAAAAUCAAUAUCGCGAUGCCAAAUAUUUAAACGUUAAAAAUAAUUUCGUAUGUAUCAGAGCGAUUCUUCCAGGUUUUGAAAAAAUAGUCAAUUUCCCAGUUUCUGUAAUAUUUUGUUCUCAUCCUAAUUUAUUUAUUUAUUUAUUGCUCCAAAGGUUGUUCUUUAUUUUUCAUGAAUAAUUCCUUGCAGAAAUUGUAUCUUUGCCAUUCAGUUUUCCUCAAAUUUCAUGAAAAAUAAAUUAUAACACCGACGUUUUAUGAACUGUACAGUUAGUUAUAGAUCCUUCAUAAUUUUUGUGAAUAUUUAGAAUUGACAAGCAAUUUGUAGUGUAAAUAUACAUUAAGUGGAUAUUUACAGGGUAAUGAAAUUUUGAACAUUGUUGUCUUAAAAUUUAAUAUUUUCAUGUCAAAAGCAAUAUUUUUCUGACUUCAUAUCAUUGAAAAUACAUGUAGGUAUCCACUUAGUAGGCACCGAUUUUUAUCAAAAUUUAAUUAAGGGUAGGUGAUAGAAUUUUCGUUCGAGACUAUGAAGAAUAUUAUGUGUAACGUCUUGUGAAUACAUUUAUAUGAUAA